GCAACAGCAGUGAGCCCAUUCGUCAGUUGUCUUUUCUUCCCUCUUCCUCGUACAUCUCGUCGAGUACAACGAGUACAACCUCAACGUCAUCAUGCGCACCCAGAUGCUCACCACCGUCCUUCGUGCGCGGCCCACCGUUAUGAGGGUGUCUCCCAUUCUCGUCCGCCAUUCCUCCAACGCACACGCACAGGAGACUUUCGAGUCCUUCACCGAGCGCUACGUUACUUUCUUCAAAUCCGCUGAGGACCUCUUCGAGGUUCAGCGAGGACUUAACAACUGCUUCGCGCAUGAUCUUGUUCCCGCUCCCUCAGUCGUUGAGGCCGCUCUCCGCGCUGCCCGUCGCGUGAACGACUACGCUACCGCGGUCAGGAUCUUUGAGGGUAUCAAGGAGAAGGUCGAGAACAAGACGCAGUAUCAGCAAUACCUUGACGAGCUCAAGGGUGUUCGUGAGGAGCUCGGCAUCAGCACACGGGAGGAAUUGUACACGUCAUAAAAUAGGAAGUCGGACGCCUUGUAUAGAUGUAGGCGACAUGAUCUCCUGUUUAGCUGAAUUCCAUUGAUUUCCUCUGCUCGUUCAGGAAGCACAAAGAUAUUUCACUGCAUUCGUAGAUGGCUGUUACCCAGAGUCUACACCUGCUGCAUGUAAUGUUUCUCUACACAAAAUGGCUACACACCAAUCGCACUAUCAUAUUUGUGGACGUUUGAUUCAAUCGAAACUGAAUAUCCUUCUGAAGUCUCUAAUGUCUAAUGUCGUGUGCCAUCUUCGCGAAUUAUUAUGUUACCCAAGUGACAACUGCACAUUCAGAGCUUUUAUUUGAGUAGCCCCUAGUGCUUGUUCAAUUACGUUGCAUGGCGUCGUAUGGUAUGUCUUGGGUUUGCUUUGCUUGAACUUUGUUCACAUUUCAAC